UCCUCCUGACUUUCCGAAGCCAUGGAAGAUUGUGGCAUGGUUGCUGCAGAUUGUGUGGUCAUUUCAUGUUGCUGUCAAUGCUUGAUCCUGCAAAUCACCAUCUUCAUCUUGUUCAAGCUUCCUUGCAAGCUGAUCAAAAAGACAAGAGACUACACCAUGAAGAAGCUUCAGCAAAGAAAGAGGAAAGAGAUUGUAGUGGAAAGUCAAGGAGAAAUAGUACUAGAUCCAUUCAAGGAUGACUUUGUAAGUAUUCUUGGAGAGUCCAUAAGGUCCAUAGAGGCAGGCCAUAGUUGCAGAUGUUGCAUGGAGGAGGUGGACAAGGUGCUGCAGGAGUUAUCUCAGAGAGGAGAGUUUGGAUUUGGAAGCUUUUGGGGUAGAAGAGAAAUGGGUUGUUCCCCAAUUCAUCAUUCAGCAGAAGUUUCUGCAAUUCAUCAAAGAGCCAUGGAUGGAUGGAUAUGAAACAUAUUCAAGAAGGUGCAGGUUGUCAAUUUCAGUACAAUGAUGGCCGCGCUCGGCUCCGAUCAGCUGAAGCAGCUGAAAGACAUCUUCAUGCGCUUCGAUAUGGACUCCGACGGCAGCCUCACCCAGCUCGAGCUCGCCGCCCUGCU